UUUUUUUUUUUUUUUUUUUUGUUACGAGCAUUUUUGGGGUCCGGUUUUCGUCACCGUUUCAAAAUCCCAUUAUCUUAGUCCUUCCAUUUCGCCAUGUCGACCUACAUUGAAAGUGAGAAGACCUCGGCAGUCACCGAGGUACAGCCUCAGCCACCAACAGAGAAAAAUGAGCAGCUUCACUCGGUGACUGAGUCGCCGGCGAUGGGUUCUCAGGACCAACCAGGGGAACAGCAGCAGGAGUCGCAGGAGGGACGGUUUCGACAGCUUUUCCGUUAUAUGCGCACUCGCGAUUUUUGGCUGCUCAUUUUGUUAGGUCAAGUUAUUGCUCUCGCGAACAUCAGCUCUUCCACAUUUUCCACUCUUCUAUCCAAUGAAGGAACCAGUAUCCCCGCCUUCCAGACGCUGUGGAACUAUGUGCUCCUGAACCUGGUGUACACGAGUAUCACUAUCUACAAGUACGGCUUCAAGAAGUGGUUUCGCAUGCUGUACACCGACUGCUGGAAGUACUUCAUUCUCUCCUUUCUCGACGUUGAGGGAAACUACUUCAUGGUGCUGGCCUAUCGCUACACCUCACUUCUGAGUGCCGAGCUGUUCAGUUUUUGGACAAUCAUCGUGAUCGUGAUCAUCUCAUUUAUCUUCCUGCGUGUCCGGUACCACAUCACGCAGUAUCUCGGGAUUUUCCUCGCCUGCGGCGGUCUCGGUCUUCUCAUCGCAUCAGAUUAUCUCCGUGGGGCUAACUAUGCCGCGUCGAACAAGGUCAAAGGAGAUCUAUUCGCCUUGCUUGCGUCUACCAUCUACGCCUUCAGCAACCUGUUCGAGGAGUUCAUGGUUUCGAAGCGUCCUAUGUACGAAGUCAUUGGCCAGAUGGGUUUCUGGGGUAUGUGGAUCAACGGUGUGCAGUGCGCUAUCUUUGAUCGGAGUUCUUUCCAUGGUGCCACUUGGAAUGGCAAGGUUGGAGGCUAUAUCGCCGGAUAUACCAUCGUCCUUUUCAUUUUCUACACCCUGGCACCCAUCAUGUUCCGGCUUUCGUCAGCCACAUUUUUCAACAUCUCCAUGUUGACCAUGAAUUUCUGGGGCUUGAUCAUCGGUAUCCAGGUCUUUCACUAUUCCGUUCACUUCCUCUAUCCGAUCGCUUUCGUUCUCAUUGUGGUCGGUCUCUUUGUCUACUUCACCAAGGAGAGUAAAAUGGGGGAGGCAGCCAAGCCAUGGCUCGGUGAGAACCAGGAGCUUGGUGUUGAUGGCGUGGGUACCGCUCGUCGUGCGCAGAACACUGGGCAUGCUCUUGUCUAGGCCGAUCCUAGCAGGGGGGCCAGGUGGGGAGACGUUCAAUGUCGGAAUGGAAGCAAUGUGCUGUGAUAAAAGUUUCUCUUGUUUACCUUAUUCUUUUUCUUUUCCCCGCUACCUUAUAUAUGUACUAGAAUCAGUUAAUAUGCAUAAUUAAUGCUAACAGAAUAAUGACGACAUGAGUCAAUUGGAUGGAUGUGGUUCUCUCUUCCUCUCA